CAACAGUUAGCAAUACAUUAAUUGACACAUGUCAUAAGUUAGUUGACGUUUGUCAUUGGAGUUCUGUAAAAGUGUUUUAGCAUAUUAUUUAUUAAAAAAAAGAUCCGUUGAUGAAAUAAAUAUACCAUGGAUACCAAAAGCGAAUUACUCGAUCUUAGCGGCAAAUUAAUAAUUAAAGUGCAGUUAGGGGAUGAUAUUAGACGUAUACCUAUACAUAAUGAGGCAAUUACGUACGAUGAAUUAGUUUUAAUGAUGCAGCGAGUGUUUAGGGGCAAACUGCUAGCCAAUGAUGAUAUAACUAUAAAGUACAAAGAUGAGGAUGGUGACCUCAUCACAAUAUUUGACAGUUCAGAUCUUUCCUUUGCUAUCCAGUGUAGUCGCAUUUUAAAACUACAAAUUUUACCAAGCAGUGAUAAGAAAAGCGAGACUGUUAGUAUUUUAUCCGCAUCUGAUGUUAUUAAUCUUAAACAACAACUAAAAUCAAUCAGAAAUCAAGUAAACAAAUUGUUAGAUUCUCUGGAAAUAGGUGAAAAUGUAACAGUGCCGGCAACUUCAACCACACAAGUUGUUGAAGAUAAAUCUGGCAGCGAUAUUCCAAAUUCUUUGAACAAAGUAAACUCGAGUGAAUUUGACCCACUUAAAGACAAAUCACAAGCUAAUGGAACGGAAGAAUCAAAAGAAACUCCAAAACCGACACCUACGCCACCCGUGAGCGGCGGUAAUGAGGCACAGAGUCAUCAACCCCAUCCGGUACCUGGGCCGGGCUUGCCCAUGCCUCAAGGACAGCCCAUUGCUGCUUCGACGGCAGCGAGCCAUCAUAACAUGAAUGACUACUACAACAGGACGUCAACCCCAAGCUAUCCGCAGAUGGGAUACAGAAGUGUGCCAUAUCCCCAACAACAGUACUCAUAUUCUGGGUAUGGGCAGCAGGUAGAUCCAACACAAGUCCCGAGUUCAAAUGCAUAUACUAAUCCACAACAAAGUAACGUAACUUAUCCUGGUCAGCAGUAUAGUCAUCCACCCCCAGGGGUAUAUGGACAAGGUCAAGCAAAUCCGUAUUCUAAAGCUUAUACACAACCCAGUCCUCAACAUGGGUACAAUUUACCACCUCAUCAAUAAAUAGGCGCUGAUUUUUUAUGAUUAUUUUGCUAUUGUAUGAAUUAUCUUAUUGUUUAUCUUAUAACUUGUACUACUGAUAGUUGACAGCAAUAAAAAUGUAUUUUCACUUAUUUUAAUAAAUAACAAAAUCAC